GGGGAAACGAUAGCGGAGCGACAGCAGGGACGAGACAACAAGAGGAUCGUUGUUCAUUCAUUUCUUCUUUUCUUCCUGGGAAGAUACGGAGAGAUGCGGACGAUCGGUAGUGAGGCGCUAGAGUUGCGCGAGCUGAGGGGAGCGCUGGUAGCAGAUGCGGUCCAGUGGUCUUUCGGGGGGGGUUCUCCCCCGUAUGCUUCAUCCUCGGAGGAGGAGGAGGAACCGGAGACGGACGGGUCGGAGGCCGAUUUCGAUGCGGGAGAGCAUGACACGGUAGCACCGCCGGUGCGGAAUGGAAUGAAUGUGUACUGGUUGCCUCACUCGAGUGAGUGGGAAGGAUUUUCAGAGGAGUUUCAUCGGGAGAUGUUGCGAGCGGCGGAGGUGCUGAUUGCCUUGGAGGCAGGCGACGAGAAGGAGGUUCUUCUAUGUCCCGUGGUGGAUGCACGUGAUGUUCCCGCUCGGUUGCGGGUCCAUUUCUCCCGGGAGGGAGAGGAGGAGCUGAAGUAUUGUCGAGCCUGGAGGCGAGAUGUAGGUGCGGAGGAACUGUUUCGCAAGAUGGGAGCACUUGCUAUGGAUGCUAUCCUUCCCUUGGACGCUGCGCAGAGGGAGCAGUGUCGAAGCCAUGGUUGUGAGCGCAGUGUGGGCUUCUACACGGAGUGGACGCUCCUGAGAAUACAGACCAGCGGGGGCUGGACCAAGGACGUGCAGGUGUGGGUCAUCAUGGACGUCGAUGGACGGGGAGGCCAUUUUGCCUUUAUGGAGAGGACUCUCGACCCUCAUGGUGAGGCGGAGGAUCAAGAUCGACGAGUGAUCUUGUCUGCUUUCCGUGUCGCAGACGCUUCUUCUGUGGGACAGUUGCAAGGGCGUGAUGCCGUGCUGGUGGAUUCCGUCGAGGUGUGGAAGCCGAUAUGGCGUUGUCUGCUGGGCGAGCCAUUUCCCGAGAACGAGUGGCGUUCCUAUGUUCGGAGCGUGAGGGCGCGUAGGUAGCUAGACGACUGUGGAGUAGUAUGUGCAUUAUUGGCUAGUACCGUCAGGGCUGUGCGUGCAUGGGAUGAUCACGGGACGAAGUGGUGAGGCAGUGGAUGCAGCGUGGGUGCGCGAGCACAACAGCUAAACGAAAUGAAUAGUGAGGUGCGAUAAGUAACGAAUGGAAUGAGCGGUGG